ACGAGAGAGAAAAUAUUUAUUGUUUUAUUUCAUCAAUGAGGAGAGCUUUUACUUGAUUUGUGCCAGUACAAUGGAUUCAGAAAGAUCAGAGUUCCCUUUCCCGUUCACACCCUAUACUAUUCAGUCUGAAUUCAUGAAAAGUUUGUAUUCUGCGCUAGAAAGCGGAUCUCUCGCCAUCAUGGAGAGUCCAACUGGAACAGGGAAGUCAAUGAGUCUCAUCUGCGGAGCUGUCGCUUGGCUGAAAGAUUUUGAAGCUAGAGAACUAGAACGUUUGGAAUCUUUGUCGAGUUUGCAGUCGGAAGAAAGUUCAAGUAGUGCCGAUGGCGACUGGUUCAACGCUCAAUCAAAGUUGAUAGAGAAGAAGCAAGAGGCUGAUGCUGCGAAAAAGGCUUUGAAAGACAUCAGGGAGCAGCUACAUGAAAUUAGCCUGUACCAGAGCAAGCUGAAAAAAGCCAAGGAAUAUGCUGAAAUCAGGCAUCGAGCAAAAACAAUUUCAACAAACCCUGAAGUUGAUGUGUCGGACUUGGAAUUGCUUCUUCUUGACGGGGACGUUCCUUUGCAUGAAGAAAAAGAAGAUGAGCGUGAAGAAAAAUCCCGCUUACCCAAAAUUUUUUACUGCAGCAGGACGCAUUCUCAGCUGGCUCAGUUUGUUUCUGAAAUUAAAAAGAGUCCGUACGCAAAAGACCUGCGAGUGAUCACCCUGGGCUCAAGACAAAAUUACUGCGUCAAUGAGGAUGUGCUCAGUCUAAAGAGCAACAAUUUGAUAAAUGAAAAGUGCUUACAACUGCGGCAGAAUAAACCACCUUCUGGUCCCACGCCAGGAAAAAAGCAAAAGCGAGAGCAUUGUCCAUUUGGGUGCAACGCCAGCGGGCUUGAAUCUCUUCACAUGACUGCUAUGACAGAGGUGCUUGACGUUGAAGAUCUGGUGAAACUGGGCAAGAAAGAGGGAGCUUGCCCUUACUACAGUGCAAAAGCAAGUGUGGAUGACGCGCAAGUGGUCGUUGCCCCGUACAACAUUCUCCUUCUGAAAGAAUCUCGAGAGGCAUAUGGCAUUGAUCUCAAAGGAAAUGUGGUUAUCAUUGACGAGGCUCACAAUUUGCUGGAAACGGAAAGCAGCAUUCACUCUGUGGAAGUUUCCUUCACUCAGGUAAAAUGUGCCCAAUCUCAGCUUACUCAGUACCUUGAGAAAUACAAAAGCAAGCUGAGUCCUGCCAAUUUGCUCAAGGUUCGGCAGCUUCUGCAAGUUCUGGGCCGUCUCCUCUCUGUGAUAGGUGACAAAUCCAAGGGGGAAGCUGAGUUGGCUUUCACAAUGGAUGAAUUUUUGGAUAAAUCAGAACUGAUUGAUUUCAAUUUGAUGGAACUUGUGAGCUUUGCUGAAAGGUCAAGACUGGCUCAAAAGCUCAACGGAUUCACUAUUCGCUUCAAUCCAACGCUAGAGUUUUCCAGCACAGCUGCUACAAGUGCCCCAGCACCCACAACUGGCUUGCAGGGUUUCCUGAGCAAACUGAACCAAAGCAAAGCUUCUCCAGCAAUUUUGGAAGCGGUGGCAGCUAAACCAACAAUAUUGGAGAGCGGAGUGGGCAUCAACCCAAUCCUUCAAGUACUUGGUUUAUUGAAGAAGUUGACGUGUCGGACUGAGUCAGGCCGCGUCGUCAGCCGACAAGGCUCUAUCAAGUUCCUGCUGCUCAACCCAGGCAGCAUGUUUGCAGACGUGAUUGGUGAGGCUCGCGCUGUCGUGUUGGCUGGAGGAACCAUGAAGCCCACCUGGGACGUGCGGCAUGAACUUUUCAACGACUCUGACAGAAUUGUUGAGCACUCGUUCGGCCACGUCGUUCCAGCAGAGAAUAUCCUACCAAUGGUGCUCAGCAGUGCUCCCAGCCCGUGCACUUUCGACUUCUCCUUCGAGUGUAGAUCCAAUCGUGACAUGAUAAAAGCGUUGGGCCGCACGUUGUCGAAUAUCUCCGCAAUUGUGCCGAAUGGAAUGGUUGUGUUUUUCCCUUCAAAUAAAUACCUGGACCAGGUGUUCAAAGUUUGGAAGGAGGAGGGCCUUGACAAGUCGAUUGAGAAGCAAAAGAAGCUUUUUAAAGAGCCAGAUGCGAGCUCACAGGUUGAGCGAGUGUUGAAAGAGUACGCGUUUUACUGCAAGCCAUCGGCAGAAACAGCAGCGUUUAGGAAUGGUGCCAUCCUUCUCUCGGUUGUUGGUGGUCGACUAAGUGAAGGCAUCAAUUUCUCUGAUGAGCUUGGCCGUUGUGUGGUAGUAGUUGGUUUACCUUAUCCAAACAGCAAGUCAGCAGAGCUUCAAGCCAAAAUGGAGUACCAGAGGACCAAAUUCAAAUCGGUGUCUUUAGGCAAAGAUCCUGGCUCUGAAUAUUACAACAACUUGUGCAUGAAAGCGGUUAAUCAGUGCAUUGGAAGGGCCAUUCGACACCGCAAUGACUACGCAGCCAUGAUUCUACUCGAUAGGAGAUAUGAGGCGCAGCAUGUCAAAUCUGCUCUGCCCGGCUGGAUUGAAAACAACCUGACCAUUUGUAAAAACUUUGGCUCAGCAUUCAGCGCACUGAGAAAGUUCUUUGGUGAGAAGAAAAGCAAAAGUGGUUAACUCAUUGUCAGGUCAGUUCAUUGUUCUUUAAAAAUACAAAUAUUUCUGCUUCCAACACACCAAGCAUUAUCUCAAACGUCCUCAUCAACUUGAGUCCGCAAUUUUCGGCACAUUCCUUUAAAAAUUGUCUCUCGCUUCUUGCAAAGAGCAAAAUGGCUCGACGACCAGGCUUCAAAACGCGCACAAUCUCACUCAUAACGUCGGGGAUGAGGGUUCUAAAGCCGUCUUUGCUGUAUUUCAAGCCAAAGGGCAAAUCGCACAGUAUGUGGUCCACCAAAUCACGCCUCAAAGGCAAUUUAGUCGCGUCAGCGAGCAGAAGUAAAGUAUUAUUAGAAACCUUGGCCACUGCAAGCUGCGCUGGAUCGUUGUCAACUCCGAUUUUCACAGUCCUUAAGAGGCACUUUGCGUUUGGUAUGCUUCCCUUUCCGCACAUCGGGUCUAAAAUAACUUCUCCGGUGCUCAGUGGUCGUUCAAAGAACCUGAGAGGGUUAUAAUUUCUUAACUUUUUGUUGCUGAAUUUUACAUUUUAAAAUAUUUGAAUACUGAUGUUUUGAAAUUAUUACAAAAAGCCGUAAGUGAUAAGAACCAAUCUUUUUUAAUACUGGAAGCUUAACUUUUUACAACAAAAGUGUAUUCAAUUUCUCAACAAGUUUCUCAGAUAUAUUAAAAAAAAUUUAAUUUUGAAACUAAAAAUAAUACUAUUCAGUUAAAUAUCAUCAAAAAACAAAAAGCGUGAACACCCUAUAUUUUUAGAAUAUUGUGGUAGUAAAAAAAUCUCCCAAUCAGCUAAAUUAAAAUCUCUGCAGUUCCUAGGGACAAAAAUUAUUUUUUCAUUCCUUGAAAGUUAAAUUUUAAUCUUUGUGUUCGUCAUUGAAAGCAUUAUUUUUCUACUCAAAUUAUUUUCAUUGCAUCUGUCUUAUUAAAUCGUUUGUACCUGAGGUUGUCAUGACUGAGGGUGAGACACAUGGCCAUCGCACUGGCCGUGGUGCUCCUGAGUCCAAACUGCAGUGUCCCGCUAGUUAAGGCCAUUCCGACAGUCACAAAAGCGUCUGAAACGUGCACGUCGAUGCUCACUUGAGCGCCCCUCGCGACAAACUCCAGGGAUUGCACGCUCAGCCGCAGACACUUGCUCAGGCUGCCUGCCAGUCUUUCUGGUUUAAAAAUUUUUCUUUUGCCGCCGCUGACUUUUACGUUCAGUCUGGCUAACACUUUUUCUUCCGACUCCUCGUCCUUAAGAAGCCUCCAGUAUCUUACGCUUCUCUCCCAGGGAACCUACCGCAAAAAUUUGAUUCAGUUAUGAUUAAAUUUUAAGUCAUCUGGUAAAUUUAAUUUUAUCACUUUUGAGCAAAUGAAAUAUUGGAAAUAGUGGUAUAUUUUCCCAUUCAUUAUCGACUUUUUAUGUGGUCAAAAGAAAGAAAAUGUAAUGCCUUGGUUCAAACCUUUCACCAAAAUGAAACUUAAAAAACCUAAUAAUGCUAAAUUUAAAAAAUGAAUGGAAUCAGCAUCAAUAAAUAAAAGAAAACUAGUAUAUGUACUACCUAGAAAUAUCAACUUGAACGAACAAAUUUUUAACAAACAACUUCUCUUGACUCAAUUUUGAAUUUAACUCAAGUUAAGGGUUAAGUCCUUUUUCUAAUUUUCUAAAUAUAUUAUUCAUAAAAAAUAAAAUACGCCCAUUCGGCAAUUAUUACUCCGUUUGUUAGCAUUUUUUGCAAUUGUGUAAAGGCAAGAGGGGCUGGCGUGUUUGGCUCGAUUUGCUGUUUGUUGUGAUAAAUGAGCACAAGCACCCUUUCUGCGGUUGUCGGCCGAAUAUUCGCACUGCUGGUCGGCGUUUCGAAAAAUAUUUUCCCCUCGAUCGCUUUCAAAAUUUUAAUUUGCUCCACUUGUAAGAGCUCUGCCUUGACAAAGGGGUCCAUUCCUCGUCCCAGCGUGCAGUAGAGGCUGACAAAGUCACCCCUGAAAAUUGUAAAUGAGCAAUUAAAUUUUUAUGGUCCCCAAUUUUGUGUUUUGUUCUCACUCCUGUGGCUGUGUCAGUGUAUCGUGGUCAGUCAUCUCUUUGUGCUGAUAGGAACUGGUGGAAACCGCAACCCCUUGUGCGUUUGUUUACAAACAGCUAGAGUCUGCAGGGCUACCAAUUAUUUCGCAGACCGAUUGAAAUGAAAAUUUUUUAUUUAAAAAAUUAUAAAUAGAAAAGGCAGGUGUGAAAAACUAUAUAUUUUUCAAGCAAAAAAUUAUCCUAUUCGACAAGGAAUAAAAAAUCAAAAUAAAUAUUUCAUUUCAUUUUUUUAAAUUUUGGGUUAAAAAUGGUUUAUUAAUUGUAACUAUGUAUGAUUUGACAAAUUGAUUGGAUGCUCAUUUUUAUAGUUUGAGAAUGACUUAAACUUUCCUGCAAAUUUGGCUCACCAAAAUUAUUUUUAAUAUUUUCACCGUUAAAGCAAAAAAAAUUAUGUAAAUAUAUAAAUAAUAUAUUAUGAGAGCUAAUGAAACUUCCUCUGCUACGAAUGAAUUAAAAAUAUUAUUGAAAUUUUUGAAAAUUAACUAAGUAAUAUUUAAAAUAGUCUAUAUAUUGUUCUUUCCACAAUGAAGCUCCAUGACUUGGUAGUCAGUUCAAAAUCUUUAGAAACGCGAAUGUCUUAAAAAAUGAAAAUUGUUUUGAAAUUUGUGUCACGAUUAAAUAUUUGGAAUUUCAGGAUUUGAAUAAAAGUCAUUUCCGAUUUUAGAGUUGAAUCUCUGCUAUGUGUAUAUUUUAAUAUAUCAGCUAUUCAUAAUAAGAUAAUUUUCUGAGUCUGUGCGUUUUUUAGUCUUGGUUCCAGGCGCCCAUCCUGCGAGUCUCGAACUCAAAUCGCAUCCUCUCCAACUUGAAUCUCUUUCGCUCCACUUUCAGUCUCUUGUACUCCACCUCGAGCAGCUCGCGCAUCACUUGCAGCUUCUGCAUCUGGAUCUCGCGCAUGUCUAGACUCUCGUCCUUGGGCUGCUCGUCCUCCACACUGGCCUCCACCUUAGGCAGGAGAAGGCAGUCAUCCUCCACUCUUCCGGCUCCUUUUCCGUCGCUGAAGUCGACGGGAACGGCGUCGGCGCCCUCUCUGAUCUGCACCUCUGGUUGGAGGAACAACUCGUCAGGGUCGGUCUCGUAGAUUUCGUCCUGAAUUGAAUUUCAGAAGAAGGUAUUAAAGAAGACGUUUUAUUUGGGGAAAGAAGAAAUUGAAUUGUAUUUAUUGUUUCAUUUAUUUUUGGGACGCUAAAAUACUCCCAUUUCAUUAAACAUCUCAAAUACUUUCAUGCAGCAA